AUGAUUGAAAAAUUUGGUGAUAAUAUUGUUGGAAUAAUUUUAUUUAUAUGUUCUCUUAUAAUUCUUACUGGAAUACUUUUAUUUAUGAUUAAAUUGUUAAAAUCAAUAAUUAUUGGUUUUAUUGAUGAUACAUUAAAAAAAAUUCUUCAUAUUCAAUCUCAUGGAUGGAAAGAAUAUUUACUUGGUUAUGUUUUUAUUAUUGUUGGUAUUAUUGGAGCAAUACUUGUUCAAAGUAGUAGUGUUUUUUAUUCGAUAUUAACACUAUUAGUUGGUCUUCAAGUACUUUCACUUAAACGUAAUUAUGAAUUAACAAUUGAUGCUAAUAUUGGUACAACAAUAACAGCACUUUUUGCUUCUCUUACUCAAACUGGUCUAUUUUUCCGUCAAUCCAUAUAA